AUGGUUUCUAUCAAAGCUCUCUCAACUAUCUUUUUUCUCUUACUCGGCAUUGGCAUUUGCUACGCCACUAGCCGGAAUCUCUUAACAUACGGCGAAAUCCCGGCUGGACAUGGUGGUGGCGGUGGUGGAGGCCACGGUGGUGGAGUUGAAGGGUAUGCCACUGGUGGUGGUGGUCACGGUGGUGGAGCUGCUUAUGGUGGUGGAGAUCAUGCUAGCGGUUAUGGAAGUGGUGGGGGUGAAGGAGCUGGUGGUGUAAUUGGUGGACAUGCUGGUGGGGGAGGUGGUGGAAGUGGAGGCGGUGGAGGAUCAGCAUACAGUGGUGGAGGUGAGCAUGCUAGUGGUUAUGGAAGUGGAGCUGGUGAAGGUGGUGGCGCAGGUGGAGGUGGAGGCGGUCAUGGAGGCGGAGGAGGAUCAGCAGGUGGAGGGGCUUAUGGUGGUAGUGCUUAUGGAGGCGGUGAAGGAGGAGGAGCUGGAGGUGGGUCAGGAGCUGGAGGUUAUAGAGGCGGUGGCGGUGGAGGAAGUGGGGGAGGAGGAGCUUACGGUGGAGGUGGAGCUCAUGGAGGCGGGGGAUAUGGCAGUGGUGGUGGAGGUGGUUCAGGUGGAGGUGGAGGCGGCAGCCAAUAUGGUGGCGGUUACGGUAGUGGUGGUGCUCCAUGA